AUGCAAACUACAGAAAAUUUAAUCAACAAAAGAGAAAAGGAACAAAUCCUACUCGAAAAACUGAACACUGCCCCGUCCCUCAUUCAGGGCCUCUCCUAUGACAACCCCAAUGAGUUGGAGGUUAAAGGGGCCAUCCCAACGGAUCAACAAAUGGACCACCACAGCCAUGCACAAAAUGCACAAAUGCACACAACCUUCCACCAGAAAACCCACCUGCACGAUAUUGUCUACAACGGAAUUGUGCAGGAAGGGAAACCAAAAAAAGACAAAACAAAAAAAAAAAUCGACAAGGAUAAAAGGGAACAAAGUAGGAACCUCAAGUCGAUUGAAAAUAUGUACACGUUUCUGUGA